UUUAUGAUAUGGUCCAAAAUGGUAUGGCUGUCACUUUCAAGUUUAAAUUUACGACAUAUUUACAUAUCAGCUGUCACUGAAGUAUGAUAUCUGUGUUUUGCAGUGAAUAAAAUUUUUUAAUUGUCAUUUCUAAUACAGUGAAUUCAUUAACAGUUGCUCUAUUGGACCUUUUGGCGAUAGCAGUCCUGCAUUUUUUUGUUUUGUUUUGCUUUGUUAUUUGCCUUUCUGAAACACAAUUCUGCUUGGUAGUGAAUGCUGUAAUUAUUUGCUUUUUUGCUUAAUUGAAUUGAGUGAAGUACACUAAAGGCUAUCUGCUUAAGAAGAAGGAUGACUUUGUGGAAGACGUUUUAAAGAAAACUGACUCAUACUUACCUAUACGUGGAAAAAUUCUCAUGCUGUAACAUUAAACUUAGAAUUAUUUUCAGUUUGUACAGUGUCAGGUGGAUUGAAGAUGUAUGAUCUGAAGCGACGAGAUUUCCGAGUAGAUUUAUUGAGUGCUCUUUUUGGCUUAGGAUCCUGGAUCGCAAUGACGGGUCUCUGGGUAGAAUUGCCUGUCCUUGUGCAGAGAUUGCCAGAAGGGUGGGCUCUUCCUUCGCAACUGGCACUUUUCUUGCAGGUGGCCAAUAUCGGGCCAGUAGCGUAUGGCUUCUUCCAUCACUGGUGGCCCAAGUGGGUGACGGAGCGUUCAGCUACUCAUUUUCAAUUAGGAGUUGGUGCAUUAUCUACUCUCCUUCUAAUUUUCAUGUGGUCCUGGACUGUCAAUGGUAUAAGUUUGGCCUUUUUCUUGCUGUCUUUUGGCCUAUCUCUAGUGGAUUGCACUUCAUCUGUCGUCUUCUUGCCGUUCAUGGCCAACUUCAAGGCAUGCUACCUAACACCAUAUUUAGUUGGGGAAGGUUUGAGUGGUCUGGUGCCAAGCUUGGUGGCUAUUGCUCAAGGAAUUGAGAAUCCAGAAUGCGUCAAUGAAACCAGAACUAACAUUGUCAAUGGAACAAAUAUGACGCAUUUCGUACAGACCUACCAAGUCAAAGAACCUCGCUUUUCACCAGAGUGGUUCUUCGCCAUCUUGCUGGCUAUGGUGUUAUUGAGUUGGUUAGCUUUCAUUCUCCUCGACAAGCUUCCAUUUUGUCAGACAGAAAAAGUCACAUGCUUUAAGGGGGAGGAAUGCUCUGCUCACGAGAUGGAAGCUUUUAAUAAACCCACAGAUAUUUCCAAACAUGUAAGCAUCCGCUCGCCAAGGUAUUCGAGAAGCCUUUACAUCUAUUUGUUGUUCUUGCAAGGCUGGGCUUCAGUGGCUACGUUCGGAAUCUUUCCCGCCAUUCAACCAUACAGCUGCCUUCCAUACGGUGAUGGGCCGUUUCAUACAGCUGUAACACUUUGCGGCGUUGCAUAUCCUGCAGCUUGUCUCCUGGCCAUGUUCUGGGAGAUCAGAUCAAUUCCAUCCCUCUCUUGGAUAUCCAUGGUCGCCACUCUCGUCUCGCUGUACGCUGUAGUGACAGCAGUAAUGUCACCUCACCCGCCACUCUUGGAUUCGGAGGUCGGACCUCCGCUGGUAGUCCUGUGCUGGGUAUUUUUCAUGUUUACCUUCUCUUAUAUCAAGACGAUGGUGACUGUACUUUUAGGCGAUUACUGGGGCCAUCGUGCUCUUUUUUGGUGCGGAGCUGUAACUCAGUUCGGUGCAGUGAUUGGUGCUCUACUGAUGUUUCUUCUUGUCAAUGUGUUUCAUGUUUUCAAAGAUGACGGUCUUUGCAUCAUUUGAUAUCCUAUGUUUGACACAAUCCUUUUCGCAUCAUCUGACAUAUGUUUAUAGACUUCGGUACAAAAUCGGUUACUUGAAUUUGUUUUUGAAUGUUUUUUGUAAGAAUGUUUAAAAUUCUUGUGUUGUGUAUGAUGAGUUAUACGUAUACAUAUGAUCUUAAAUAAAACUCCGCUUAAUCAAAGCGGUGUGUCA